AAACUAUACGUACGUUUUGGUUUAGUAUAAUGUUCACCGAUGCUUAAAACGGAUAUAAAAGAAUGAAAAUACCACACAUCAUUUUCAGCACAAUUUCAUAAAAAAAAUUAAAAUGUACCUUUACAGUAGUUUAGUGAUAGUUCUCAGUGUUUUCAGUGCGAUCACCCUUCAAAAUUCACCUAGAAAACUGCAUAGUGUUGAAGGAGACGUUAAUAUAGCUUUCCUAUAUCAAAAUUGUGAAAAUGGUUCACUGGAUGCUAAUAGAAACUCACUAAUUCAUUCAGCAUUAUGGACUGUUCAAAGAAUCAACUAUUUGGAACUCUUGUCACCUCUCAAACUUGGUCUGAGCAUAUAUCAAACAUGUUCUGAACUAGAUUUUCUUGAAACUCUCUUUGAAAUAUACAAAACCGAUGAAAAUUAUACUCUAGGGAUAAUUACAACAAGAAAAAUAAAUAAACAAAUAGGAAAGUUUGCUAGAAGUUUAGAUCUAAGGAUUAAAAGUGUGAAAAAAGAGUAUGAGUCUGUCAUAAAGGCUUCGAUGAUGUUUUUGAAGAAGUUAGGAAGAGAUCAUGAAGUGACAGUGAUGACAACUGAAGAAAAAAGUCUGGAAGCUUUUUACGGACAAUCUAGGAGGCUGAGGGUUUGUUUGAAGGAGUUUAUAGUGCUUCAAAACACAAGUUUUAUAGACUAUAACAUCUCCGAAACCAGUACACUGGUCCUUUUUGGUACUGCCUUCGAACUUGACCAGAUAUUAUCUAACGUCCGGACAGAAAAACUGACCAAUGAGAACACAACCAUUGUUUUAGUUCCGCUAGACGCAAUUUCACCAAACACAUUAUUUGACGGAUCUUACGUCAUUUUACCACCAAGAUACCACGUAAUUGACGAGGAUUUUAAAGAUUUAACUAUUUUUCCGACACCUGUUCUUUUUGAUAUUGCAUCUCCUCUUUUGGAGUACGCUUUGGAGACCCGAAAUUUUAUAAAAUCAAACUGCAACGACACAAUAUAUAAAAUAAACUGUCUGAGAACGGAAACAGAAAUUAAAAAACCAUUUUUCGUUUCAGAUUUAAAGGAAAUGUCAAGAAUUCUGAAUAUAGAGCCUCUAAAAGAGUUAUUUUUCUAUGAAAUCCUUUAUAACAAUUCUAAUAAAGUGUCUUCCUAUAAUAUAUUUUUCGAAAACAUGACAUGGUAUGAAGAAAAUGAACUUAACAAAACUGAAGAUGAAUUUUCUGGUUCAAUUUGCCCUAACCAUCUUGUUAUUAGAAAACAAAACCAAGAAAUAGACUUCAAAAUAUCUUCUUUCGGAUUUAGAUCAGAAUCCUGGAUCUAUGCUUUCCUUUCUUUGUCACUUUUAGGCAUAAUUCUAUGUAUUGCCAUACUAAUAUUUCUUCUUUCUUCUGUCAUUCAAAGAACAAUCUUCGAAGGCAACCCUGUCCUGACAUUCCUUCUUCUAUUUAGUGUAGUUUUUCUCUUUUGUUCUGUACUCCCUUUCAGUAUAGAACCAACAAAAUCAAACACAGAACUCUUAUGCACUAUCAAAACCCUGUCAGUUACCCUAAGCUACACAGCUGCAUUUUCCUUGAUGCUUGGAAGAGCCAUAAUGCUGACAAACGUCAACAAAGAGAUGGGAUUCAUGGCACAUAUUUCAGGACCAGUUCAAGCAUUCUUAACCCUGUUUAUUUUUGGAGCUCAAGCAGCUUUAAGUCUCCAAGUUAUAGGGAGAUGUUCUGUGAUUCUGAGUUCUGUAUACUUUGUGUAUUUGAUGUCCUACAAUAUUGUGAUUUUGAUGUUUCUUUUGUGUCUCAGUCCUUUGAUGUACAAGAGUCAGAGGAACUACAGAGAAGGAAAAUACUUUACGGUAGCUAUUAUUUUGGUUUCGACAACUUGGUGUGUCUGGUUGCCAAGUUUUGUAAUACUUGAUAGUUGUUGGAGGGAGUUUGUGAUAUGUUUCGGGUUAAUUUCAACUGGAGGGAUAAUUUUAGGUGCUGUUUUUGUUCCUAGGACUUAUUUGAUGACCAUAGCUGCGGAAAGAGAUAAAAUUACAAGUGCCUUGCCAUCCCUAGCUACGGGAACGAGUGCUGUGGAUAUAUACAGGGCUCAUUCUCAGCCAAUCUAUGACUGCGUGAAUGUGACAGCUAUCAACGCAGCCGCCAUAGCCAGGGCCGGCAUAGUACCAAACGCCCCCGUGAUGGGUUUGCAGCAGCCGGACCUGUAUUCCUGUCCCGCCCUACCUGAAGACCUCGAUUUCAAUUUGCGAUGCGACUCCCCAACUAGCACGGAUAAAGUCACUAGAUUUUAGAGUUCUGUGAAUUUAUAUAAAGUCUAUUUUAAGAAAUGAAUACUAUGUAUGUACAUAUUUAUAAAAAUGAUAAAUGAUUCGAUGUGCGAAUAUUUUUAAGACUAAUAAAAAAUAUAUGAUAAUACAUUAAAAGAUA